AUGAUGGCUGAAUAUGCAGCUGCUGAUAUACCUGAAGCAUUUCGUCUUUUAGAUGCUGAUAUUUCAGGUACAAAUGAUAUUGGUGAAUUAGCUGCUUUUAUGCCUGUUAUUUUACCUAAUGGUAAUCCACAUAUGCUCCUUCAUCAUAUCGAUAAAGUUGAUAAAAAUAAUGAUUACAAACUGAAUUUAGCUGAAUUUACUGAUCUCAUUGGUAAAAGUAUCGGGCGAGAUCUUGGACUUGGACGUCUCUAA